AUUCCCGAGUCACGAUGCGCGGGAACGGAGAAUCAACUCAUUUGAAGGUCGACUCCCGGCUCUACAGCUAAUGAAAUACUGACAAUAAGGAACCAGUGGGUAUUUGUUGUUGUAGUUCUGCUUUCGUGGGACUGUGUCCAGUUGCCAAGGAACCUGUCCAAAAUCCAACCUCAUUGCAACCACUAAAAAUGGUGAAGAUAUUUGUUGGUAAUGUAGCUUCAGCAACCACCGAAGCAGAGCUGCGUGCAUUGUUUGAACAACAUGGUGUUGUCUCUGACUGUGACAUCCUGAAGAAUUAUGGCUUUGUGCACAUGGAUGAGGAGGAUGCAGCACAGAAAGCUGUUGCUGCCUUGCACAAGCAAGUGCUCAAUGGCUCGCGCAUCACCGUCGAGUACGCCACCACCAAGGUGCGCAACGCCACCAAGAUCUACGUGGGCAACGUACCUGAGGGAGUCACAGCUUCCAAAAUCAAGGAGCUCUUCCAGCCAUAUGGCAAGGUGGUGGAGUGUGAUAUUGUGAAGAAUUAUGCAUUUGUUCAUAUGCAGAGGGAAAACGAGGCCUUGGAGGCCAUCAGGGAGCUUAAUCAUACGAAAUUGGAGGAUCAAAAAAUCUUUGUGUCACUCUCUCGCAGUAAUCAAGCCAAAAAUAGCAGAGGAGAUGACUAUUUCCCCCCUCCUCCCCAUCACUAUCCACCCCAUCCGCACCAUCCUCCUUACCUGCCCCCGCGUCCUCCACUCGGCGAUUUCUAUCCGCCUCGAGGUCGUCUUCCGCCACCACCACUCCCACCGCCACCUCCCCGCUCCUACUAUGACCGCGAAGCAUAUGAGAGAGGUGUUCGCCACGAUCCGUAUGCCGCCGCCCCGCAUUUUUACGACCGGGACCCCUUUGAGCGGCGUCCUCCGCCUUCGCAGCAACCCGCCUCGCCUCCCGUCGCCCCUCGCUACUACCGAGAGCGCAGCCCUCUGGGCAAUCGUCGGUCGCUGCUGCCUCCGCCGCCACCGCCGCCGCCUCCUAGCUACAUGCGCAGCUAUCCUCGUGGUGCUUCGGGCUCCGCAGUUCCUCCCCCGUCCUCCGCCGCGGCCUCCGGCUAUCAGCGUUACUCGCUCGGCUCAGGCUUUGAUAAAGAUGAUUACGUGGAGGACAAGUACAGCAAUGGCUUUGGCCGUGGCUACUAAACUUGCUUUGUCCAUAAAGUCGAUACGUCUCCCUUUUUGUAUAAGGCAAGCUAAUAAACAGGGACAUAUCUGCAGGAAUUAGGAAAUAUUCUAUGAUGCUUGUAGCUAAUUCUCACAAUGGGUAUAGCGCAGCUAAUAUUCUGUUAAACUGUUCAACUUAGUGUAUUAGAGAAUCAAAUGCUGACUUAGAAUUUAGACAGGUUUUUUUUUUUUUUUUUAGUGUGUAAAGACUGUAGGUGUUAUCGCUUUGAGUAUUUUUUUUCAAAAUUAGAAGAUUUGAUUUCUUCAAAUUGUCUUUUAAUUAAGUGGUAUGUUUUGCAUGUAUGUCAGUUUAGAUUGUGAAGGACUGCCUAGUACUAGUGAGUGCGCUGUUAUCAUAGAUUUUUGUUACAGGGGCUUAAUGUGCUCCUUAUUUAAAUUAACCCUAGCCCAUACCAGCAUGGUUACAUUUUUGUACAACAUUAAGGCAUAUGCUAUUUCAUUAGAUUUUUCCUAAAUCAUUGUAUAUGACUAGCAUGAUUAAAAACGGUAAGGCUCUAAAUUGAGGUUAUACAACAUUUUUAUGAAUAGCUUUGACACAGACUUAGUUACGUUGCGUUCCAGAAUUGGGACCGGCAUGAGGAAGAGGGAGGACGUUAUUAAAUAUGUGGUAGUGGGCAGAGCCGGGGGACGACAACUGAUCAUCAAAUCGCAUCUUAACAGCCGCCCGAACACAACAUCGACUCGACACGCCACGCUUGGAAACAACGUCGCCUCCUAGGAAAAAGCAGCGUCAACUAAAGGAAACUCGGGGAAAACAAAUGACCAUCCGCUACAUAAAACAAAAACUACAACCACAUAGUCGGUAUUGCUCCUAAAAUAUUGUGGUCAGCCCAUUAAUCGUUCACACAGACUUUGUAGCCUUUCUUUAUAUUCAAGACGUUUUAACAUCUCGAUACACUGGACCUGCUUGUGAUUAAAACUAUGAUCAAAACCCAAAUAUUGUAGCCUAUCCUACGUGUGAUGGUGUUUCCCUACAUUGAUUUUGUUAAAAACUUUGUUAAAAUGUACCUCUGAACCCAUAUCUCGACUGGAUGCAAACCGAUGUCUUUUAUAAAUGGUUGAGCUCUUUAACAGGUGUCCGAACGCAAGUCGAUUUCUGUGCUUGGUGUGGUUACUUUAAAAGAAAUUUAGUUAUGUCAUAACAGCCGCUGUCUCUCCAGCCGUUUAAAUAAAACCGAGUGAUCUGA